AUGCAGUAUGAACUGGAUGGCGUUCCUGAUCUAGAUGGUGAAUGGAUAGGCCUAUGUUUGAGGCCUAUAUUCUGUGACAAAGACGGAAAAGAGAAGGAAAUCUCCAACGAGCCGCCACUUUCUGACGAACUGCCGGAGAAAAAGGAGGGCUCUACAGAGAUCAUUCUGCCAGUGAAUAUCCUCGAUGCAAUGAUGGAACUAUUCACAGAUGAUUUCAGCUGUGAAGUCACCGGUGCCGACAGUCCUCUCCUCACAGUGAACAAGCUGGCAGAGAUCCUGCCAUCGAUUAAAGAUACGCUGCCUCCCUCGGGAAAAGUGAAGGUCGAAAUACGUCCGGAAGAACCUCCCAAGUUUUCCUUGGCAGAAGGGAAGAGCUCUCUGGUUAUCUUUCCCAAGGUCGACAUCCUAAUUCAUGACACUGGGAGGUCUAUCUUAUCCUUCCGGAUGACCCACGAAUGGUUGACCAAAUUUGCCGUGGACGAUGAAAAGUUGAAAAUCGAAGCGUAUGAAGUCAGAACCAGUGAUGUCCGUGAUUUUUCCCCAUCGGUGGAUGAGGCUGAUGUAGAAGCACUGAAGGGAUACAUGGAAGAUAUUGUAAGCAGCGUCUGCCUGCCAAAUGUCAACAAACUCGCUGGGCCUAAUCUGGAGAGUCCUGUGUCCACUUCUGACAUCACAUUUAAGAAAGAAGUCGAUAAACUGGAGUAA